GUCACUUCCUGAUACCCUGAACUAAUGGACGUCGAGAUUAAAGUUAGCUAAAAUAGGUUAGCUAUGCUCCAUGCUUAUAUUGCUUGUGUAUUGUUAUAUGAUAAUGGAGUUUAAUAUUUAGUUUUUUGUUGUUGCUGUUUUAUUGUUUUUUUUUCUUUCGAUCCACUAGACAACUGCAUCAGAAACACUAAAACGAGAAAAGCCGAGAUCAUGUGGGACGUGGAGAUCAGAGGCAUGACAUCAGCUCAUGCCAUUAUUGCUGCUUCUAUCUUCAUGGCAACGGUCAUACCGGUUGUUCUUGUUGAUAACUUCUCUGUGUAUGGGACUCACUUGGUCUGGCUUUAUUCUGUUGCUUGCUCUGUUGCUGUCGUUAACAUAGCUGUGUUUUGGCUUCUUGGUAUUAGUCCACCAACAAAGAAGAACACGUUAAACUAUAAGUUAUCUAGACUUAUCAGAUCCUGUGUAUACUUUGUGCUAUCAUGUCUCUUCUUCCACGCUGUGGUUGUCCUGUAUGGAGCACCUCUGAUAGAGUCAGCUCUGGAGACAUUUUCCUUGGCUGUUCUGCUUUCCACUCUCACCACACUGAGGUGUCUGUGUAUCCUGGGGCCAAACGUGCAGGCUUGGAUUCGGGUCUUCAGUAGAGACGGAGCGAUGUCCGUGUGGGACACUUCUCUUCAGAUCACUAGCAGCUGCAGCAUAGUUGGGGCCUGGUUUGGAGCUUUCCCCAUUCCCCUUGACUGGGACAGACCCUGGCAGGUGUGGCCCAUUUCCUGUUCCCUGGGGGCAACUGGAGGUUUUUUGACAGGGCUCCUGGCUGCCCCACUCUGGAUACGGUGGCAUCGCAAGCAGCUUACCUAUAAGCUCAAGUGAAGAACAGGAACUAAGGGCUAAGGGCUGUGAUAGUCGACAAACGCAUCUGCACCAGUUCACGUUUUAUAUCCUUGCCCCGAAUCCUCUGUCAAAUUCAGCAAAAGAAAUGUCUGUUUUCCAAAGGUGUUAAGUUAUUUGCCCCUUGUAUACUUGCAGUGCAGUGUACAUUAGAUCAUUCCUCUUAUCUUUCUCGUAAAUAAGGGAUUGAAAAGUCAGUAGUGACCAGAGGAAUUUUGUGAAAGACAAGCAUUUUGCAAGCCCAAGUUGCAAGAUGUGGGUUCCCUUUUUGGAGCCAAAUAAAAGUUUUACUUCUGCAAAUGUC